AGCUGCAACUGAGUGUGACUGGGCGCUGUCAGCCAGGGGUGUACACGCGUUUUGACCGCCCUACCACUCACCACUCACCAUCUGCUAAUGUUGCCCGACGUGGCAACAGUGGAUGUCCGCAAGGCCGCUCACAAGUGGGAUGCGGAAACUUCUUGUUACAAAAUCGAAAGAGGAUUUGCGUGGUCCAGAUGUAAGCUGUAGAUUUCUGGUAAAGGGGACUGGGAUAUAGCAACAUCAAUGAAACGGACAUCUAGAACAACGGAGGGGAAUUGGUGACUAUUCUUUAAAACUGCGAGGACGAGGACCGUGGGCAAUGGGAACGAGUCACUUUUCUCAGAUGGCAUUCUGCACACGCCCGUCUUUACAGAGGACGUUGUCGAAUAGGUUCUCAAGGUAAAGAAACGAUUCAUCUAUUUUUCUCUGGACUUAAAAUGACACCGUGGCUUGUUUUCACUAUGUUAGUGCUUCUUGCUACUCAGUACAUUUCUUCAAAACCUGCUAGUCCUGAGCCUAGCUAUGAGACCAGCACCCUACCCCCGUUCGACUGUGACCUCAAGUGGACUUGCAGGGACUAUAGUGGCAACAGCAUAUACAGAAGGUCAUACUUUGUGGUCAAGGGUUGUGCCUGCGAUGACUUGUGUCCCUUUUUCUCGGAUUGCUGCCCAGACUACGGUCGCGUGUUCCUUAACGAAAGCGCCGGCCAUACCAACGCUGUCGACGACGACGACAAGCCAGGUGUCGAUGUCAAUGAUAACAGUUCUCCGUCGCACCAGGCACUCGGCGAGGACAGCGUUGGGUCGCCAGACGAAGACCCGACUACCGAACACCAGAGCACAGACCGGGCAGAGCUGCUCCGUCAGUAUGGUCUGACCAAAGACAUGUUCACGUGCAUUUACGACACGGCACUCAGCUCAGUCGACCGCGUGUCGGUGGUCAGCAGGUGUCCGGAGUCGUGGCGGGACCGAGCGCUGGCUGAUCUUUGUUUGACGUCUUCCAGCGACGACCUUCUGGCGCGCCUGCCCGUUUCCGGGGACAUCACUCUUGUGGUUUAUCGCAACAUGUUCUGUGCAAUUUGCCAUAAGGAACCCUUCAGGUACUGGCGACCCAGUGUCAACUGCUCAUCAAGAGAACAACUGCCCUUCAACCAUACUACUGAUCUGACAGACGUCUUCACCAGCGGCGCUAACUGCACCAUGCACUUCAUGCCUCCAGCACUUCACUUCCACUUGCGGCCCUGCUUUGAGGCAGAAAUCAUUAGCAACUGCAGCCAGACUUAUUCUCUCAACUCAACUGAAAACCGCAAAAUCGCUUCAAGGUGCAUGGACGAUGGAUCUGACUACACCAUGGUGUACAGCUACACUCAAGCGUAUCGCAACAAGUUCUGUGCCUUUUGCAACAACGUGUCUACCCAGGACCUUUCCUGCGAUCUGUUUGUUGCGGCGACAGGACCUGGAGUGCAGAGAACGAUUUGGAUAUCACAAAAUACUACCGAAGUCAAAGACCCCCGAAGUAGGCUUCCUUAUUCUUUCUCCAUCCUCCUUGACAUCAACAUCCAUAAAAAAUCGACGACUGUUGGCAUCGAAUAUACUCAGCUCACCGACGAGAGAGACGAGUCAUUCGCCUGUGAGACGGGCCAGGUGUUCGAUCCUUUUAGAAGUGUUUGUCGGGAAGUGGCUUGUGCUGAGAACAUGUAUUUCCGGGACAACCAAUGCGUCCAAGCUGUAGGCAGCACAUCGGAUUAUGGCGCGAGCAACUCAUCAUAUGUCACUAGAGUGCCAUCACCUCUGUCACCUUUGAUGGACUGUCUGCCCAUUCUCCUCAACGAUACUGAGUUCCAGAUUGACGAGAACGGCUCCCUGCAGCUUCUCGACACGGGACUUGUUUAUGACAAGACUCAGUACUACAUCACAGAAUCUGGAACCUUCCUGUGCGUGAACUACACCCAGAACUACACUCGCACCGUCAUCCGACAUGUCCGCGUCGCGUCCUUCACCUUCUCGGUGACCGAGGGGCUGGUCAGCGCCUGCGGCCUGGGUGUGUCCCUGCUGGCCUGGCUGUCACCUUCGUCAUCUACGCCUGCCUGCGGCCUCUGCGGAACAUUCCGGGCCGCAAUCUGCUGUCUCUUCUGGCCGCUCUUUUUCUGGCUGAAGCCCUGCUGCUGGCGGCGAACUCUGCCGAAAGCCACCAAGUAGCCUGCCAGGUGGUUGCCGGGGCCAUGCACUACUUCUUCUUGGCCUCCUUCUUCUGGAUGAACGUCAUGGCGGUGGAUGUGUGGUUCACCUUCUCGCAGGCCUUCGUGCGGGCUGGUGACAGGGGCAAGUCGUCCAAGCGU